GCCCUCUCCGCCAAUCACAACCUCCCGUUUGCCCCACGUGACCCCCGGUAACGCCGAACACGGAAGCGCCGCCGCCGCCAUGGACCCCGCCGCUCCCCCCCCAAAACGCCGCGGGCCCGCUCGCUUGGCCGACCCGCGGCCUCUGUUCGAGGACACGAGCGCUACCGGCGCCUCACCGGGCCGCGGGUUCGGGGCUCCGCCGCCGCCUUCGGCCUCGUCGGGCUCCUCUUCAUCCUCAUCCGCGGCCGCGUUCGGGCCGCCCGGGGCGUUCCUGUCCGAGCCCGUGACAUCGCUGGCCGCGGCCUACGGGAGCAGCUUGGCCUCGCAUGUGGAGGGGAACCUGGGCCGCUGGGUGCCCGUGAGCCGCCUCAAGUAUUACUUUGCCGUGGACACCGUGUACGUGGGCAGGAAACUGCGGCUGCUCGUCUUCCCCUUCGGCCACCAGGACUGGCAGGUCCGGUACCAGCAGGACACCCCGGUCGCCCCCCGCUUCGAUGUCAACGCCCCCGACCUCUACAUCCCGGCCAUGGCCUUCCUCACCUACAUCCUCCUGGCUGGCCUCGCUUUGGGCACCCAAAACAGGUUUUCCCCGGACAGCCUGGGGCUGGUGGCCAGCUCGGCGCUGGCCUGGCUGCUGCUGGAGGUGCUCAGCGUCCUGCUGAGCCUGUACCUGGUCACCGUCAGCACCGACCUCACCGCCAUCGACCUCGUGGCCUUCGCCGGCUACAAAUACGUGGGGAUGAUCGUGGGGCUGCUGGCCGGGCUGCUGCUGGGCAGGGCCGGCUACUACGCGGCCUUGAGCUGGUGCUGUUUGAGCAUUUUCAUUUUCAUGAUCCGGACGCUGAGGCUGAAGCUGCUGUCGGAGGCGGCGGCCGAGGGGGUUUUGGUGCGGGGGGCCAAGAACCAGCUGCGGAUGUACCUGACCAUGGCCAUCGCCGCCGCCCAGCCCCUCUUCAUGUACUGGCUCACCUUCCACCUGCUCAGGUGAGACCAAACCCGGCCCGGAACUCCCAGGAAAAACCCCGGAAUUCCCAGGGAAAACCCCGGAAUUCCAGCGUUUCUCCCAAAAACAUUUCCGUGCUUUUUGUGGAUUUCAAUAAACGGAUUUUGAAGUUGUUU